AUGAUGGACAUUUCUUUAUGUUUGAAACGACCAUCCUGGUUGGUGGACAGCAAAAGAGUGAGGAUGACUUCACAUUUCCAGUGGCUCUUAUUAACAGCUGUGCUUCUGUAUUUAACAAAUCAAGUAAACAGCCAGAAAAAAAGUACUCCUCAUGAUUUGAAGUGUGUAACUAACAAUUUACAAGUGUGGGACUGUUCUUGGAGAGCACCUUCUGGAGCAGGUCGUGGUGCUUCUUAUGAAGUUUGCAUUGAGAACCGGUCCCGUUCUUGUUAUCAAUUGGAGAAAAAUAGUAAAAUCCCACCUCUUUUACCUGGUGUUUAUGAAAUAACAGUAAACCCUUUAUAUGAGUUUGGAAGUUCCAAAAGUAAAUUCAUACUAAAUGAAAAAAACGUUUCCUUAAUUCCAGAAACUCCAGAGAUCUUGAAUUUGUCUGCUGAUUUCUCAACUUCUACGUUACACCUAAAGUGGGAUGACAAAGGUUCUGUUUUUCCGCAUUCCUCAAAUGUCAUCUGGGAAAUUAAAGUUCUACGUAAAAAGAAUAUGGAAAUUGUAAAAUUAGUGACCUACAGCACAACUCUGAAUGGCAAAGAUACAGUUCAUCAUUGGAGCUGGACUUCAGACAUGCCCCUGGAGUGUGCCAUUCACUAUGUGGGGAUUAGAUGCUACAUUGACGAUCCUCAGUUUCCUGGUCACAAAGAGUGGAGUGACUGGAGCCUACUGAAGAACAUCUCUUUGCCUCCUGAUUCUCAGACUAAGGUUUUUCCUCAAGACAAAGUGAUACUUGCAGGCUCAGAUCUAACAGUAUGUUGUGUGACUCAAGAAAAAGUGUUAUCAGCACAGAUUGGCAGUACACAUUGUCCCCUUAUCCAUCUUGAUGGGGAAAAUGUUGCAAUCAAGAUUCGCAACAUUUCUGCUUCUGCAAGUAGUGGAACAAAUGUGGUUUUCUCAGUAGAAGAUAACAUAUUUGGAACAGUUGUUUUUGCGGGAUAUCCACCAGACAUUCCUCAAAAACUGAACUGUGAGACAUAUGAUUUAAAAGAAAUCAUUUGCACUUGGAAUCCAGGAAGACCGACAUCCUUGGAGGGCCCACGCAGUACAAGUUACACUUUAUUUGAAAGUUUUUCAGGAAAAUAUGUUAGAUUUAACAGAGAUGAAGUGUCCGCAAAUGAAAACUACCAGUUAUUCUUUCAAAUACUUUCAAAUCAAGAAGUAUACAAUUUUACAUUGAAUGCUCAAAAUCUUCUGGGUCAGACAGAAUCAACACUUGUAGUUAACAUAACUGAAAAAGUUCAUCCCCGUAUUCCUACUUCACUCAAAGUGAAGGAUAUUAAUUCAACAGCUGUGACACUUUCCUGGCAUUUAUCGGGCAACUUUACAAAAAUUAAACUGUUAUGUCAAAUUGAAAUUAAUAAAACUAACUCAGAGCAUGAAUUGCGGAAUGUCACAAUGAGGGGGGUAGAAAGUUCAAAUUAUCUUACUACUGUGGACAAGUUAAAUCCAUAUACCAUAUAUACUUUUCGGAUUCGUUGUUCUACUGACCCUUUUUGGAAAUGGAGCAAAUGGAGCAAUGAAAAACAGUGUUUAACCACAGAAGCCAUUCCUUCAAAGGGACCAGAUAUUUGGAGAGAGUGGAGUUCUGAUGGAAAAAAUCUAAUAAUAUAUUGGAAGCCUUUACCCAUUAAUGAAGCUAAUGGAAAAAUACUUUCUUAUAAUGUAUCAUAUUCAUCAGAUGAGGAAACAAAAUCCCUUUCUGAGAUUCCUGAUACUCAACACAAGGCAGAAUUACAACUUGAUAAAAAUGACUACAUCAUCAGUGUGGUAGCAAAAAAUUCUGCCGGCUCUUCACCACCUUCUAAAAUAGCUAGUAUGGAAAUUCCCAAUGAUGAUCUCAAAAUAGAGCAGGCUCUUGGAAUGGGAAAUAGGAUCCUCCUCACUUGGAAUUACGACCCCAACAUGACCUGCGACUAUGUAAUUAAGUGGUGUAACUCAUCUCAGUCUGGACCCUGCCUCAUGGACUGGAAAAAAAUCCCUUCAAACAGCACUGAAACUGUAAUAGAAUCUGAUCAGUUUCGACCAGGUGUAAGAUAUAAUUUUUCGGUGUAUGGGUGCAGAAAUCAAGGAUAUCAAUUAUUACAUUCUAUAAUUGGAUAUGUAGAAGAAUUGGCUCCAGCUAUUGCUCCAAAUUUUACUGUUGAGGAUACAUCUGCAGAUUCUAUAUUAGUGAAAUGGGAAGAAAUUCCUGUGGAAGAGCUUAGAGGAUUUUUAAGAGGAUAUUUAUUUUACUUUGAAAAAGGAGAGAGAGACACAUCUAAGAUAAUGGGUUUGGAAUCAGGUCGUUUUGACACAAAGGUUAAGAAUAUUACUGACAUAUCCCAGAAGACACUGAGGAUUGCUGAUCUUCAAGGUAAAACAAGUUACCACCUGGUCUUGCGAGCCUACACAGGUGGAGGAAUGGGCCCAGAGAGGAGCAUGUUUGUGGUGACAAAGGAGAACUCUGAGGGUUUGAUUAUUGCCAUUCUCAUCCCAGUGGCAGUGGCUGUCAUCAUUGGAGUGGUAACAAGUAUCCUUUGCUAUCGGAAACGAGAAUGGAUUAAAGAAACCUUCUAUCCUGAUAUUCCAAAUCCAGAAAAUUGUAAAGCUUUACAGUUUCAAAAGAGUGUCUGUGAGGGAAACAGUGCUCUUAAAACAUUGGAAAUGAAUCCUUGUACCCCAAAUAAUGUCGAGGUUCUGGAAACUCGGUCAGUGGCUCCCAAAAUAGAAGAUACAGAAAUAAUUUCUCCGGUGGCUGAGCGUCCAGAAGAUCGCUCUGACGCAGAACCCGAGAACCACGUGGUUGUGUCCUAUUGCCCACCGGUCAUCGAGGAAGAGCUAGCGAACCCAGGAGCAGAAGGCGGCGGGGGCUCACAAGUCAUCUACAUUGACAUCCAGUCCAUGUACCAGCCUCAGGCAAAACCAGAGGGGGAGCUGGACAGUGACCCUGUAGGGGGGGCAGGCUAUAAGCCGCAGAUGCACCUCCCCAUUACUUCCACUGUAGACGACCUGGAUGCAGAUGAUGACUUAGAUAAAACUGCAGGUUACAGACCUCAGGCAAACGUAAAUACUUGGAACUUGGUAUCUCCAGACUCACCUCGGUCCACAGACAGCAACAGUGAGAUUGUGUCUUUUGGAAGUCCGUGCUCCAUUAACUCCCGACAAUUUUUGAUUCCACCUAAAGAUGAAGAUUCUCCUAAAUCAAGUGGAGGAGGAUGGUCCUUUACAAACUUUUUUCAGAACAAACCAAAUGAUUAAGUGUCCCCGUUACUUCAGUCCACCAUCUCAAUAAGCCCCCAUUGCUAGAGCUGCCACAUCAACUGAAGGCACCUUGGAGGGAUCCUGUGAAGUGUUGCUAGUGGGGUGGACUUCACUCUCACAAGUUACACUAAAAAGUGUUAAUGUGCUUUUCAUACAGUCUCAAAGCCACAGUACAGUAACUCAGAAAUUGGAUCCACACAACUCACAAUUUGGAGCUAUUUGGGAUUUGAGCCAAAGAAUUCUCACACUACUCUGCCUUCAAGAAGUUUUUCAAGAACAAGCAGUGCCAGGCCCAUUCAUGCAAAACAAACCCUGCAGCAGCUAUAUUCUGUUCUGUCGUUCAUCUGGUUUUCUCACACACAUAAUUUAUGGAGUUGCACGCAGAUUUGCAGGCAGGGGGGUAAAAUGUCAAAGUAACAGGUGAUGUUACUUGCCUGACAUUUGCUCCAUUCCAGAUGAAAACCAAGCACAGAUUUGGAAACUUUGGACAUUAUUCUUUAUCCACAGCAUUUAAGAAAAUUAAUAUAAUUUUUAAUGUAGCAGCAGCUAUUUAGUGUUUUGUUUGAUAAAGUAUGCUGAUUUCUGUGCCUACUGUAUAAUGGUUAUCAAACAGUUUUCUCAGGGGUACAAACUUGGAAAACGAGCGUGAAACUGACCAGCCAAAAUCAGAAUCAUGUCUCCUUGCUUUGGUAGGCGUUUUACGUU